AAACACGGAGUCGCGGAGCCUCCAGGUCAUUUCGAAAGCGUGUUUCUCAUUCGGUGUUUAACGCGUCUUUCAGAAACGAUUUUCCCCGACUCUCCAUCACUCCUGUCUCUUUUUCGUUCGAUCUUAUUCUCGAUGUGUUCACGCUUCGACUCGACGGUUCGCUAGAAAAAGUGCCGAGACCGUUAAAACGAAUAAACUCAUCGAAUAAUCCAUCGUUCGUGUUGUUUAUUAUACCACUCUAAAAAAAUAAACAAUAUAAUUCAAAAAGUUCAAAAUGGUCGCGAAAGAUCCGUCGAGAACGUUGGUCACGGAGUCGAUGAACCCGUAUGAGAAACCGCCCAGUCUCAGCGCUAAACAAUCGGUUAAAGCUUUUAUUUAUAAUAAACAGACAGGUGCGUUUAUGGGAAGGACCGCAAGUAGUUGGGGAAAAAUUGGUCUCUUCUACUUGGUAUUUUACGGAGUUUUGGGCGCUUUGGUAGCAAUCUGUUACUGGGGAUUUUCGCAGACUCUGGAUCCAAGAAUUCCGAGAUGGCAGCUCGAUCGCUCAAUCAUAGGGACCAGUCCUGGUCUUGGAUUUCGACCAGCUCCACCGUCGGAAAAUGUCGAGAGUACUCUUAUAUGGUUCAAGGGAAGCAACCGAGGAAAUUUCCAGCCCUGGGUGGACUCCCUGUCAGAUUUUCUUAAGGACUACAGAAAGCCAGGUAGGACUCCCGGUCGUGGUGCGAAUAUAAAACCUUGCGAUUACAAUCAACCCCCGGCUCCGGGACAAGUUUGUGUACAAUCAGUCGACGAUUGGGAUCCGUGCAUCGAGCGUAACUCUUAUAAUUAUCACAAAUCUGCGCCUUGCGUCUUCCUGAAGCUGAACAGGAUUUAUGGUUGGAUGCCCGAAUUUUACAACGAUACAUCAAACCUCCCAGAGAAUAUGCCACGAUCACUCAAAGAUUACAUAAUUAGUGCCAAAAGCCCGGAUCCGAAAGCUCUGAAUACGAUUUGGGUCUCCUGCGAGGGUGAAAAUCCGGCUGAUAUGGAAAACGUUGGACCCAUUCGUUAUAUACCACGUCAAGGUUUCCCCGGUUAUUAUUAUCCGUUCGAAAAUUCAGUCGGAUACCUUAGUCCUCUCGUAGCCGUUUAUUUCGAGAGACCACAGACUGGUGUUUUGAUCAACGUCGAAUGCAAGGCUUGGGCGAAGAACAUAAAACACGGCCGAAACGAGAGAGUAGGCUCAGUGCAUUUUGAGCUUCUGAUCGAUUAGAAAACGGAGAGACGACGGAAAAGAAAUGGAAAAAGAUUAAGAAGAAAAAGCAAGAGAAGAAGAAGAAGAGCCACGAAAAAUGGAAGCGGUGGAGGAGGGAAGCGUAGCAGGGGUGGACGAAGCGGAGAGCGUUUUUAUUUUCUUUUCCUCACAACAUCCAGAGAGGCCUCAUUAGAUAUUAUCAUUGAAUCUCAGAACGAAAGAAAAAAUACUUUUCGUUUCGUACCAACGUAAAAUUUCAUCUCGAUGUAUUUUCACGGGGGCGCGUAUAAGUAUGAUUGAAUAGGAGAUGAACGAAAAGAAUGAUUCGCGAAUGAUGGAAAAAAAAAACACAGUAAACCGAAGUGGAAAGUCUUUUUCCGUCGUCUAAUUUAUCAUUAGAAACUCGAUCUGAAAGUUUAACGAUAUUUAUAAAAGUCUCUUCAAAGAGGCAUGAUUAUUUUUUUUUUGGUCUAAACUAGACUAGAUGCGCGAUGAUUUAUUGUAAAUAAUAGUACGAUCUUUCAGAUCGUUCUCGAGUAGUCAAUCGGUUCUCGUUGGACUGAAUUUCUUUUGGUCGUUUGUUCGUCUAAUGUAUAUCUUUUUUUCGAUUGAUAUACGACACGAUAAAUCGCGAAAUAAUCCGCGACGUAAAACGUCUCAAAACACUUUUAAGAUUCUCAGUUUUCUCGCAAAUUAAUGACAUAUCAGGAUAGACUAUUAAGAUAAUAUUGUUCUCAUCGUUAGACAGUAAAAGAUAAUAACACCAUGCUCUAAUAACGAUUUUGAGCUCGGUGUCGUUGGAAUCCAACGAAAUUCCGUAUGUUUUUUGCUCUCGCAACACUUUUGAGCUGUUAAAAACUAAAUCUGCAGAAAAAUUUGGAGAAUUUGAAAAAAGUUACAAACUAACGGAUGCAUAACUACAUUUCGUCCCAUUCCAACGGCCCACUAACUUCAAUAAUCAUCUCUUACACACGUUUUCCAUAUCAUUCUUAAGAUUCCUCUCUAUUUUUAUAUUUCGAUUGAUAAAGAUUUUUUAAAAUAUAAUGAUUCAAAGAAUCAAAAUUUGAAUUCUAAUUGUGAAAUUGUUCUUUCUCUAUGUUAUAGUAUCUGAAAAUGGAAAAGUCAUGUAAACCGCUCUUCGUUGAGUUGUUUCUCGUUGAUUAUUUUUCCUGAUUUUUUCUACUUGAUACAUAUUUCGAAAAUCAUCCUGGUCGUGUCGAAGCAUUAACAGGUGGAGAGCUUGGAUCGCAAACUCUUUCUUUUUUUGGUUAUUUAUUACACAUGGAAAAAAAAGUAACGCGCGCUUUCAUAGCUCGACACUUUCUAGAAUUUCUCAAUUUUUUAUAAGUGAAUAAAAAGAAAAAUUUGCUAAAUUUACCGAUAUUUACAUGAAAUAAUAGCGACGAUUUAUAUUGGAAAUGUUUUUUAUUCUAAUAAGAAUUUUCUUCGUUCGAUGAACUGUUUUUACUUGCGUUGUUGACAACAUUGUUCUCUAAGUAUUUUCUGAAAUUGUGACCAAUUCUUUAAAAAUAAGAUAAUCUAUACAAAGACAAAUUAUUUUUUCCAAUACAUUAAUUAUUUUUCCAAAAGAAAAAAUAGAAAGAAAAAAAUUAAAUAAAAUUUUACCAUUUUAUUGCAGGAUCUUGUGCUAAAGUAAUACUAAUAUUGAAAAUCAUUUUUACAUAUAUUCAUUUUAUGUACGAUAAAAAAGUAGUUGAGUGUAUAUUGAUAUCGAAAUAUCCACGAAAAGAAGGAAAAAAAGAAAAGAAAAAAAAAACACGAAUUACGAAAUAUUCGUACGUGAAUAUUUUCUUAUACACAUUGCAUAUUUGAUGAUAAAAUUUUUGCAUAGACAUAUUAUUCCGUACUGGAAAUACUGCCAAUAUAAAGACCAAUAUCAUGUACCGUUUGAUCCGUAGUAAGUGUUAGAAUUAACGAAGCUGCCACGUGUUGAAUAAACAUAAAGGAACAAUAUUCAUAGUGCUGCGAUAUAAAAACGAGUAGUGACUAGAUAUUUGAGCAUGGCUAUCAGAGCUCGUUCGUGAUUUUUUAGAAACUCUUGAAAAUAUUAUAUUCAUUGACAAGUGCCAUGUCAAUAUUUAACAAUUAAAAGAACUUUCAGAAGUAACGUUUGUAUGGGAACAUCGAUUUGUCCAUUAGUGAACUUUAUGGUUAAACGUGUACCCGAAUUUUCUAUACUUUCUCAAAAGACAGUCUGUUGGCAAAAACAAUAUUGACUGUGAAAUCCAUCGAUUGAAAUGGCAUGGAAUUGAUAAAUGAAGUUUACAUCCUUUCAAGCACUUCUUAAAUAGCUCUAGUUAUGUAUACGCCUAUAAUACCAAAAAUUUGUAGAAAGACAUGCAUUUUUUCCCCAAAUAAUUAUUUAUUGACAAUGA